UACGUUGGCAGCUUGUUUAAUACGUUUCGAUUGUGUAUCGGUUGUGCAUUGUAUUUCAGCAACAAAAGGAGAAUCCGAAUAUUCGAAGCAUUUCAACGUUCAUGUGAACUCUACUUUUCUUCCUAGACUUACACAAAUAUUUAUCACAAUGGACGAUAAGCUAAGACAGAUGGAGGAUGAAAUGAACAGGUUUGAGGCUGAAAUUGGAGGACAACUAGUCACACCAAUAGUGAGGCCUGUUAUCGGAGUGAAUACAUACAGCCAAGUAGCUAGGCAGUUGGAACAGCAUGAAAUACCUGCACCAGUGGUCGCGGCUGCUGCAGCGACGUUGGCAUUUCCUCCCAUGCUUGGAUUUCCACCUCCGCCACCACCGCCGCCACCCAUUCUCAUACCUCCACAAGUUGCUCGACAAUCAAUUUCCAUGUCGACAUAUUCUUCGCCUGCUCAAAUAAGCAAUCCAUUCCUACCGAAUAUGGGAGAUCCUAGCUUAAGUGCGACACCAAAGCCUUAUGAACCCACAACAGCACCAAUAAUUCAUCCAGAGAUUAUAGAGCAAAUAAUUAAUACCAAAAUCCCUGAUGAUGAUGGAAAAAAGAAACCCAAAGCUAAGGGUGUCAGUACAGCAGCAGAGCUAGCCAUCAGUCAAGGAAAGGCUAGUUCAAUCAUGGCUAAUGCAAGCGCAGAAGAAACUCAUCCCAAAGGAAAAGGAAAAAAGAACAAAAAAAUCAUCAGAAUGGCUGGAGGACAAACUUGGGAGGAUACAUCACUGUUGGAAUGGGAUGAAGAUGACUUCAGAAUAUUUUGCGGUGAUCUGGGUAACGACGUCACCGAUGAAAUGCUCGUGAGGGUCUUCAGUAAAUACCCAAGCUUUCAGAAAGCAAAAGUUGUGAGAGAUAAGCGGACGAAUAAAACCAAAGGAUUUGGUUUCGUUUCGUUCAAAGAUCCGCAAGAUUUUAUUAGAGCUAUGAAGGAAAUGAACGGGCGGUAUGUUGGAUCUCGACCUAUUAAGUUGAGGAAAAGCUCUUGGAAACAAAGAAAUUUGGACAGCGUCCGCAAGAAGGAGAAGGAAAAACAAGCACUCAUUGGCCUACUGACUGGCCGGUGAUCGUACACUUAAAUUUCAUUGGAAUUCGAGAGCGUUUUUUGUUAAGGACUUUUUUCUUCUUCUUUUUCGUCUUCGAAUAGCUCGAGAUGUUCUGGAAGAGAAAUGGAAAAUUAUCAUUUUGUACAUAAUUUCGAUAUUACGAUGUAUUUGUAAUUAGGCUAAUCACAAGCGAAUGAAUUAUAGUGUACGUUUGUAAAAGUAUGUAAGAACUGCUGUUAACUAUACAUGAGAUCAGUCAAAGCUAUUAAAAAGCUUGUUAUAUUUGCAUAUUAUUUUAUGUCAACGCCGAUAAAAUAGGUUCAUGUUACGGUGUUCUAAAAUUAAUUGAAACAAUGCAAAUAUGCAGAUCGUAUAGUGAAACCAUCAGAGUAAUGAGAAUUGAAAUAAAGUGAAAUCCUUACACAA